AUGCUCUUCAUGAUGUUCUUCGCCGUCCUCGGCCAACCCCUCCUCGGCGCGGCCGCCUCCGCGCCACCGCUCCCAGACUUCGGGAAAGCAAAACUCCUCCCCACGCCGCCCUUCGCCGAAUGGCCCGAUGCGCCGUCGACCAUAACCACCGUCGCGACAAGAACGACGCCCAUCCCGUCGCCCGUGACGACGCACACGUACAGUGCCUGCGGGGGCCUCGUGGCGACACCUCGGCCGUGCGCCUCGGGCUUCGUGUUGUAUAUCAAAAACUACGCCCAGUGCGGCCAUGUCUUUCACAUGAAGAGCGACAGUGACAAAGCUACACACGUCGACGAGCACAUGCAGCCGUGCGAAAAAGUCCAGUGGAUCACCAUCGACAUCGACGACUUCUGCGACGACGAUUGUCCCUACAGACUGCGCUGCAAGCGGUGGCGGUGCUGCGCGUGCAAGGUCCCGAAUAAGGACCGUUAUAUGUGCGCCAUGCCUAGCUGCACACAUAUCAUCUGCGAUGAUUGCCGGCCUCUUCCGAAGCCUGCGCUGAGUAAUAAGCCGCUGCUACCGCCGCCUCCUGUGCCGCUUUACGAUGCUUCGGUGGGAGACUGGGUGAGGUUGCCGCGUGAGGCGUGA